UUCAAUUUCAACUACAAAUAUUCAUCAUCACAUAUUUGCCCGGAAUAGAGAGUGGAUAGCUGCGGCUGUUCAUGGCCGCUCAAAGGUUGGUUGGGAGAUUCAGCAGCUCACCGAUGGUAAAAUUAGAGGGACGAUCUCCAUCAACAGCUUCUAAAUAUUCUACGAUUAAAAAGGAAAUGUCACUCUCCCUCAGCACUACUACCGCCGCCACCGCCGUCGCUUCCAGUGUCAACUCUUCCAAGCCAUCCCGUAAGCUGCCGGUACUGCUUUUUGACAUCAUGGACACCAUUGUCCGCGACCCUUUUUACCAUGAUGUUCCAGCCUUUUUCGGAAUGUCAAUGAAGGAACUCCUAGAGUGCAAGCAUCCUACUGCCUGGAUUGAGUUUGAAAAGGGUCUUAUUAACGAGAUGGAGCUGGCUCGAACAUUUUUCAAGGAUGGAAGGCCAAUUGAUUUGGAAGGCCUCAAAAGCUGCAUGCAACGAGGUUAUUCCUACAUCGAAGGAGUUGAAGCAUUACUCAUUGAUCUAAAGAAAAGUGGAUAUGAAAUGCAUGCUUUCACUAAUUAUCCCAUCUGGUAUGAAAUCAUUGAGGAAAAGCUAAAAUUGUCAACUUACUUAUCCUGGACAUUCUGUUCAUGCAUAAUGGGAAAAAGGAAGCCUGAUCCCGACCUUUACAUGGAUACUUUGAAUCACUUAAAGAUCGAGCCAGCAUGCUGUAUCUUUAUUGAUGACAGGUCUAUUGGAUUUCUACUGAGAACACGGUCAGAGCACUGUUCCAUGAUGAAAAAUGUUGAGGCCGCAAUUGAUGCUGGCUUCAUUGGCAUUCAAUUCAAGAACGUGGAUUCAUUGCGCAGUGAUCUUGGUCGUCUAGGCAUUGUGAUGGAGAUAAUCUGAUAGACUGAAAACACUACUGCUUUAUCUACAUCUCUUUAGAAAUUUUGUGCAUGUACGGCGGUUCGUCCUUUCCUUUACAAAAACGACAGAUUACACGUACUUUAAAAUUCUGAAACCCUUUUUUGUCAAAGUUAAUGAUUUUAUUGAUGAUUCAUUACUCA